GGUAGUUCAACAACCAAUUUCAGAAUAGUAAACUUGACAAGAUUGAUUCUGCAAACCCAGGGAGUAAAAGGUAAGGAUAUGCUAACGAAUUAGUGCUAAUAAGUAAUGAAAGAUAGGCAUGGAACGAUGUUGUGGGGUUUCAAGGUCUACAGUUAACCAAAUAAGGCCAAAUGAGCAUCGAUGGGUUACGGGGUCUGCGAUCACUGCUCACCAAGGCAACCCCAGACGAGGUAAGACUUGCAAACAGGUGGCACGGUGUGCGCAUGUCUCGGUUUUGCAGGUAGAACGGCCAGGGGUAACUAAAAUGAAAAGAAAAAGGCGACCGUUGUCGUCGGCACUGGAGAAAACAAAAUCCCCUAUCCUCCAGGUUGAGGUGUGUAGUUACUUGUCAGCGUUGCCCAUCGGCUUUGCUUUCGUUCCCUUCCGUUUUUUUGUCUUUGGCUCACAGCUGGAGUAUCUAACACUUACAGAAAAAGAAAAGAAAAACACAACAGUCAUCGAAGCUUAACACAUUGGAAAACCAUGGCCAAGUCACUGGGCACCCAAAAGUAUGAACAACGAGUUAUUCUACCAGUGGGAUCGAAAGAGAUUGAAUUUACCCUGCCGCCUGGAGCCUUCUCGCUGACGCCGCCUCGAUCACGACGUGCAAACCAGACGCUGGAUAUACCCACAAAGAACGGACCAUCGCUGUCACCGAGCGACGCCCAUAUUGGUAGCAACGUUCGUCAAAGACGUUUCUCAACUGCGUUACUCUUCCCUGGACGGGUUGACGGCACAUCCUCUCCGCUUCUUUCGCCCUCCAUCCUGUUGCAUUGUUCGGCACCCUCGUCACCCAUACCGAACUAUUCACCAUCGCCGGCACACUCACCAUGUCUGUCACCGCUACCGUCGCUUUUUAACUUCUUCCGGGAACGAAGUCCGAGCCCGGCACGAUCACGCACGCCGUCACCUGCAAAAGAAGUGUCCCCUCCGACUACUUCUAGCCGCAAUUCUCCAACAUUAUCAGGUGUAACUUCGAACAUUGGCGCUCUUAAUCCGGAUCUAUACAAGAGUCCGCUGAUUCCUGAAGAAGAUACAAAUAAUUACCCCGAAGGUCACCUCGGUCGCUUCUGGUUCAGCGUUAGUUACGACUCGGAGCAGGAGAAAUUGCUGAUCAAUCUCAUCCGCAUUCACAACUUGCCGAGCCGCGAUAAGGACUCGACCACUGCGUGCGAUCCUCUCGUCAGAGUGGCGUUACUGCCUGGCGAACGGCGAUAUCACCAGUCGAGUAUUCAGCGAAAGACAUGCAACCCAGUUUUUAACGAAGUAUUUGGUUUCUGCGUUUCCCAUAAAGAGCUACAGGAUCAGACUGUCAAAUUCACUGUGAUCGACAACGGGCGACUUCGCAAGAGGCAGGUCAUCGGACACUUGCUCUGCUCGUUGAAAAACAUCUCGAUCGAAGAUGGCAAACAGCAAAUAAUAACGCAAGACAUCAGUAAAGAUCCAUCGUCCGUUGGAUCACCGGGCGAAAUGCACAUCUCACUUUGUUAUCAUCCGUCUGCUGACCGCUUUACCGUCACUGUUUUGCAGGCCAGAAACAUCCGGGCUCCUAACACAGCGGUACCUGACAGUUACGUCCGGCUGACUCUAUUUAAUCAAACGCGAGCCGUCAAAACAAAGCGGACGGGAAUUAUUCGACGGUCGUCAGAUCCUUGUUAUAACGAAAGCUUCCAUUUCCGACUGGAGGCCACUAACGUCGACACAACCAACAUAGUUUUGGCUAUCCACCAACCGGAUAACAAAGAUCGUAUUCUAGGACGUUUGGUACUCGGAUCUUUCAUGUUCGCCCGUGGCCGAGGAAUGGCCCAUUGGAACGAAAUGUUUGCUCGGCCGAGGGAACAUAUUCAACUGUGGCAUCCAUUACCUGAUCUCAAUUGAUCUCCAAAACAGUCGCUGUCCAACGUUUUUUUUUUAAAUGCACACCCCAAAGAAAUGAAAAAGGAAAUAUGGACAAGCGCUGUUGGUGUUUAUAUUCUCCUCUAUGUUUUUCAAUAUUAUCGACAUAAAGAAAUAAUGUUUCGCCAUCUUCUUUCUAUAUACAUAUUUUUCAAUCGUAAUCUAAAGCGUCCAUGAUUCUC